AUGGUCCAGCAGUUUGGGGUGGACUUCGAAAAGAGGAUCGAGGGCUCUGGAGACCAAGUGGACACGCUGGAGCUCUCCGGGGGUGCCCGGAUCAAUCGCAUCUUCCACGAGCGGUUUCCCUUCGAGCUGGUGAAGAUGGAGUUCGAUGAGAAGGACCUAAGACGGGAGAUCAGCUACGCCAUUAAGAAUAUCCACGGAGUCAGGACGGGGCUCUUCACCCCCGACAUGGCCUUUGAAGCCAUUGUGAAAAAACAGAUUGUAAAACUCAAAGAGCCGAGUUUGAAGUGUGUUGAUCUCGUGGUCUCAGAACUGGCCACGGUCAUUAAAAAGUGUGCCGAGAAGCUCAGCUCCUACCCCCGGUUGCGAGAGGAGACCGAACGAAUCGUCACCACAUACAUCCGGGAACGGGAGGGGAGGACCAAGGACCAGAUUCUUCUUCUGAUUGACAUCGAGCAGUCCUACAUCAACACGAACCACGAAGACUUCAUUGGAUUUGCCAACGCCCAGCAGAGGAGCACCCAGCUGAACAAGAAGAGAGCCAUUCCCAACCAGGGGGAGAUCUUGGUGAUCCGCAGGGGCUGGCUGACCAUCAACAACAUCAGCCUGAUGAAGGGCGGCUCCAAGGAGUACUGGUUUGUGCUGACGGCUGAGUCACUGUCCUGGUACAAGGAUGAGGAGGAGAAAGAGAAGAAGUACAUGCUGCCUCUGGACAACCUCAAAAUCCGCGACGUGGAGAAGGGCUUCAUGUCCAACAAGCACGUCUUCGCCAUCUUCAACACGGAGCAGAGGAACGUCUACAAGGACCUGCGGCAGAUUGAGCUGGCCUGUGACUCCCAGGAGGACGUGGACAGCUGGAAGGCCUCAUUCCUCCGAGCCGGGGUCUACCCUGAGAAGGACCAGGCAGAAAAUGAGGACGGAGCCCAGGAGAACACCUUCUCCAUGGACCCACAGCUGGAGCGGCAGGUGGAGACCAUUCGCAACCUGGUGGACUCCUAUGUGGCCAUCAUCAACAAGUCCAUCCGUGACCUCAUGCCAAAGACCAUCAUGCACCUCAUGAUCAACAAUACGAAGGCCUUCAUCCACCACGAGCUGCUGGCCUACCUGUACUCAUCGGCGGACCAGAGCAGCCUCAUGGAGGAGUCGGCUGACCAGGCCCAGCGGCGGGACGACAUGCUGCGCAUGUACCACGCGCUCAAGGAGGCACUUGGCAUCAUCGGGGACAUCAGCACCAGCACGGUGUCCACGCCCGUGCCCCCGCCCGUUGAUGACACCUGGCUCCAGAGCACCAGCAGCCACAGCCCCACUCCGCAGCGCCGGCCUGUGUCCAGCAUGCACCCCCCAGGCCGGCCCCCAGCAGUGAGGGGCCCCACCCCGGGGCCCCCCCUGAUUCCUGUGCCGGUGGGGGCAGCAGCCUCCUUCUCAGCGCCCCCCAUCCCAUCCCGGCCCGGACCCCACCCCAGUGUGUUUGCCAACAAUGACCCCUUCUCAGCCCCGCCUCAGAUCCCAUCUCGGCCAGCUCGGAUUCCACCCGGCAUCCCCCCCGGAGUGCCCAGCAGAAGACCCCCUGCUGCGCCCAGCCGGCCCACCAUUAUCCGCCCAGCCGAGCCAUCCCUGCUCGACUAGGCUGCGGGCGGCAUGUUCUCGGGGGUCCUCGAGCAGGACCCUCGGUGCAGGAGCUUCAGUGGUCCGGGCCCAUCCACCGCCACCCCUGGCCCUCCAGUCCCCACGUGGGACCAGGCUCCCUGCAGGCAGCCCCUGACUCUUCCCUAACCCUGGCCCCAGUCAGGGGCUGGCCUGGCCCCCAUCCCCAGCUGGACACAGCACUGAAUGGAGGGGCCCUGGAGCCCCAGGACGAGGGGAGCCGGGGUGUUGCACUUUGGGGGAUGGGGUCUCAGGUAGCAGAGGAGGCAGCUGUGUCCUGAGUGCCAUCUUGAAUGAGGGGUCCAGGCUGGGGUGGCGGUGCUCAGCCAGGGGCUUCUCUGGCCAGGAAAGCCUGAGUAGGCCAGGCCUUCUAGAAACGGCACCGAGGGUGUCCAUACCCCCAGUCCUUGCUGGGGCACAAGGAGUGUGUCUGCUUCUCAGCAGUGGGAGCUCCCAGCGGCGAGCCAGGCCCAGUGGGCCCAGCGCUACCCGCCCGCCCAAGUUGUACAUAUUCCUUCCUUGGCCGUAUUAACCGCACGGCCCAGCCUCGGCUGCCGGAGGUGCCUUUCCCAGGUCCGGAACACUCGGCCCGGCCAACCUCGCUCUCUCCUCCCUGGGCCGCCUCCUCCUCCUGGGUCCCCGGGGCAGCCUGGGCUCAGGGCUGAGUGGGUGGGGAAGCUUCGGGGGCCUCUGGGCUCCCACUCAGGGCUCCCCCACGGGUCGGGCCCAGGUGGCCUCUCUGUGAGCGGACCUCGCUCGCUCGGUUUGACCACUGUAAGUGCCUGCACUCUGUAUCCUAUUAAUAAACUAAAAUAAAGGGAAGACGCUUCUGGUGGCUGCUGUGUGGGCCUUUUGUGUUGACCUUCAGGCUGAGGACGGGGGCUGCUGGCCUUCCCCCUUCCCCCUCCCACCUGCACCCCAAACGGCACUGCUCUUGGGGAGAGGGUUCACUUCUGGAGGGGAGAGCUUUUACUUUCCUUAACACUUCAGGAGUAGGAGCAGACAUUCACACACCCACACACACACGGGCC